AUGCAGAGAAAGGGCGCUUGCAGCAAUAUUACAGAUGCAAAUUUUAUUGCAAUCUUACAACAAGGUAUCGGGUACCAGGUCUAUCGCGAGACUGUGGGUGAUGGUCCGUGCACGCACAAGUACCUCUGGAUCCAUUCCCAAGUCGAGGUACUUUGUCUACGCCUUCGGCUUUGCCCUCGCGACUCAUGCAUGUGUGAGCCCCAUUGCCCCAAACCUCAGGCCAAGGUUUUUCCUUUUUUUUUUUCUUCUUCCACACCCCAACCUCGUGCUUGCAGCUGCUGCUUGCUGGCGCUGCUUGCCAGGUGCUUGCUUUUCUAUACGGUUUUAAGGCCGCAUCUCGGCCUUGCGGGCCCUACCAAAGCUCCAUCUGCGCUGCGACUCAUGCAACUUCAAACAUCAAACUCGUACUUUGUAAGUCCGACAGCCUCGUUGGAACAUGGAGGUGGCUCACCCUCACCCUCGAACUUGACACCACCACUCCCUGAGACUGUCACCGUAUGUAUCCUAUUUCUGCCUCCAUCGCGACGCCCAAGGUUUGGCUGCCCAUCGCACUGCCAAUUCUCCUCGCUUUGGGCAGCGUGCAGACCCCAGCAACUGACCUAG